AUGGCGUCGUGGAAGCGCGCGCUGGUCGUGAUGGUGGUGGCCGCGAUGGUGAUGGCAGCGCGGUCAUCGGAGGCGGCGAGGAUCACUAGCGACGGGGCCGACGCCGACGAGCUCCGGUUCCCGGGGUUCCCUGGCGUCAGGCAGCGCAACCCCGGCGGCUUCCCAGGAAUGCCCGGAGGCGGAGGCGGAGCAGGAGCAGGAGCCGGAGGCAGGCCGACGUCGCCCCCGGCGCCUCGCUUCAAGCCUUUCUCGCCACCGCCAUUGCAGUCAUCGCCCGCUACGCCGCCGCCGUGCAGCAGCGGCGGGGCGACUACGCAGCCACCGCUGCCCGGGUUCCCUGGCCUGCAGCAGCCAGGCAACGGCGGCGUGUCGUCGUCGCCGUCGGACUGCGUGACGCCGCUGGCCGGGCUGAUGACGUGCGCGUCGUUCCUGACUGGGAGCGAGCCGGACACGCCGACGCCGCAGAGCGAGUGCUGCAACGGGCUGGGCAUGUUCCUCAACAGCACGGCGGCGGUGGACGACCGGUCGCUGCGGUGCCUGUGCCCGGUCAUCCUCGGCGACGUCAACCGCAUGCUCCCCAAGCCCAUCGACCCCGUCCGCAUGAUGUACCUCCCCAUCUCCUGCGGCGUCGUCCUCCCGCCUCAAGUCCUCUUCAUCUGCUUCACUGGGCAGCCAACUCCGCCAGUGGUCUCGCGUAUCCCUGACUCCUGGAUGACACCAUCUUCAACAGCAUCGACACCUUGA